AUGCGCUUGUUUAAGGCGAAAAAAUUACUCGACGGACCGCAAGCAUUGGCUCGGGGUAGUGCAUCUCCUGUGCCAGUUCUACUGCCUACCGAGGCGGCCAACAACGCCACCUAUAAUGACAUUAUCGUACUGGCCGGAUCAGCACCCCAAUCAGCCCAAUCGAACGCACUGCUACUCCUGGGAACCGCUUCCAAAUACGAGCCCGAGCUACCCUCGCUAGUGUGCGAAGAGGUGUCCGAAGGGCCGGAAACAUCUUCCAUCUUCCCCAUUACUCCCCUCACGGAUGCAACUGCAGCCUCCAACGUAUCCGUACCUUCCGACGGCAAUCAGCCGCCCACAGAUCCACCGAUGGCACCGAUCCCGCACGCUGCAUCGACCGAUAACGUUUGCAGUAUUAAUAACGCUUCAUCAGCCGAGUUGUCGCACGUACGCAAUCAAGGUGUCGAGGCUCGGCUGAUGCGGGAACACCUGCGACCGCGAACGCCGCCACCCGGCCAUGGUCAACCAACAGCAACAAUCGCCCGCAAUGGCAUCGGUACGCUCGCGGGCUUUCGGAUGGUGACCGCCGUACCGGCGAUGGUUCUCGAGGACGAUCCGCCCCUGAGGGCCACCAAGGAGAGUAAGAACGUGUUCACAUGGGGUCGCAAAAUGGGCAAAAAGUUCGAUCUACUACGCCGUGGCAGCGAUGCACACAAGCUAGCCGGACCCGGUAGUGUUGCACUCGUGUCCGUGGCUCCACCGGUAGUGCCACCGUCCUCCACGUCCGCAACCUCAAUGUCCCCGAUCAAUGGUGCCACUUGCAUCUCCUCCUCUUCCGAACCCUGCAUCAGUACGAUCUGCGGUGAACAGGAGAGUGCACGGAAGGGAAAAUCCACCGUCCCGCUGAAGGCAAACCAAAGUCACCGUGCCACGAACGGUUCGUUCACCAGCAACGGGCACGACCCGCUGGUGAAGCUCAACUCCGAACGAUCGUCGGGCACGUUCCGGAACUUCUUCUACCGUAUGGGCUCCACCGGUAUGCUAAAUCACAAGUCGAACCACUAUCAGAAGCAACAGUUCCUGCAACAGCAGCAGCAACAGCAACAGCAUCAACAGCAGCAAUCCCACCAACUGCUGCAACAUAUGUCACUCGCCCAAACCCAAGCGGAUCUGAGCAAAAUGGAGCAACAGCACCAGCAGAUGCUGUAUCGUAGCAGUUCGACCAGUCAGCUUAAUAGCUCCUCGUACGUCAAGUGCGAUGAUCCUACCGAUGGUGUUAAUCUAGCUAACGGGCACUCGAAGACGACCGUCGGCAGCACUUCCCUAUCGUCACAGCUUCACCUGACCGGGUUGCGUGACGCACACACCAACGGCAGUGGAACGGGUUCCACCCAAGAAUCAGGCCCCUCGUCAGCGACGUCCUGUACGACAGCCACCAAAUCUUCCAGCUGCGACGAUAUUGCACGUGUCGGGCAACCGUCAAACCCGGCGGAGGGCGCUCUGUCGAAGAAAAACCACUUCCCGUACGCCUUCCUGCGCUCGAAGCUUUCGGUACUGCCGGAAGAGAAUGGCGGAUCGGUCAUCAACUAUAGCCGUAUUAAGGAGAAUCUCCUGCGCACCGGGAACCGUGGUUCAAUAGUGAGUCUUCGGUCGGAUCUGGACAGUGUUUCGAUUACGGACUCGCAGCUCAACAUCUCCGGUGAGAGUGGUAGCGAUGUGUUUCUGCCGGCUUCUACCACCGACAGUAAGUCUAUCGGUACGAGCAGCGAUGUUGGCAUAAUGUCGCGCAACAAUUCGAUCAAGACACUCACCGAUACGGAGCACAGCUUCGUGCUGAACUAUCAGCGGCUGAGCAGUUGCCUGAGCAGCAACGAGUCGGGCUAUGAUAGUGAUGGUCGACAUGCAGAGGAUAAGAUCGACGAUACUAGCAAUGCGUCACUAAACAGUAGUGUGAGUUCAUCGCACCACCAACAUCAUCAUCACCAGCAGCAACAUUCGGCCGGUGGGCUUUCGACGUCCUUCAAUGGUGGUGAUGCGUACGUGGACGCGAUCCGGACGAAAGAUCAAUCGUACGUGUUCGGUAGCCGGAGGCGUCUAUCCUCGUCCUCUUCGUCGAUCGUUUCCGGCGUUGGAGCGGGCGGUGGUUUCGACUGCGGUACGAUACGCCGCCGGUUCCGGCAGAUUAAGCUGGUCAAACAGCAGGGCGACGAAACGAUCGGCAUCGAGCUGACGCCGCAAACGAUCGGGCUGGAUGAGGGCGAGUGUGAGACGCGCUACCUGGUCACCGAGAUCGAUCCGGAAGGAAUUGCUUACAAGGAUGGCCGAUUGCGCAUCGGCGACGAGAUUGUGAACGUAAACGGGCAUCAUUUACGUGGCCUGCAGUCUCCCAGCACUGUCCAGCGUAUCCUAUCGACAUUUGUCAACAAUGUCGUAGAUCUUGUCAUUGCACAUGACGAGUUAACUACGUUCAACUCUGACGCCAAUCGUAAGAUUAAGAUCGAUUCCCGGCCGAACGGGUCGACCGCCAGCGCGUCCGGUGCGAUCUCGAUCUCGACCACGCCGGACGGUUCGUCGGCGUCCUCGUCAUCCUCGUCCUCACCGACGCGCGCAUCGUCCAAGCCGUCCGUAACGGCGGUCGGUGGGGGCGGUGCCGGGCAGCCGAAACCGUUCCCGCUGACACCGAUCUACGCACCGUCCGAUUACGUGCCGGUGUACGCGAACCGCAUCUCGAUCUCGAACACGAUCUGCGACGAUGAAAAGUGGCAAAUGAUUAGCAAGCAGCGCUGCGAAGCACUGGCCAAGAACGGAUACUCCCAGAUACUCGGCGCGAAACGGCUCAUCAAGGAUAGUGAUGAGGAGAUGGUACCCGGUGCCGGUGGCGCUCAUCCGUCCCAGCCGAAGCAUCUUAUCGAUUCGAACGAAACGGGACUGUACUCCCUGUAUCGGCCUGUUUCCCAUGGCAGCAUCAAUCAAUCGAUACGGCAUCUCACGAGCGGUGGCGAGGGUAACGGUUCACGUGCGUCCAUUGCGGAAGGACAUCCAACCGUGCUGGUACAGGUAAUCUCCGACACGAUACGUCGGAACGUUCCGAUCGGUACGUCCCGAACAACGCAGCUCGACAGCUACCGCGGGACGAAGGUUCCAAAAAGUGAAGAAGAUAUCCCGCGAUCAGUGCAGCGGAUCCGGCUCAAGUCGGACGAUGGCGAUCUCGACAGCAAACCGGAUGGUAAUGUGCCGUUGCAGCGGUCGAAGACGGAGAACAACAUUAGCGGUGCGCGGGAGGAGCUAGAUUGCUCGCUAGAUGGUACAAAGUUUGAAGCCGGCGUACGGAUCCUCAUCAACGAGGAGGGAUCGUCUUAUAUUGAGGGGAUACACAAGUGCACCUAUCUGACUGUCACCUUCUACAAGGGAGCCGGGAUGAAAUCGCUCGGGUUCAGCAUUGUCGGUGGACGUGAUUCGCCCCGCGGUAACAUGGGCAUCUACGUGAAGACCGUCUUUCCAAGCGGACAGGCUGCGCUCGAUGGAACGUUAGUGGCGGGAGAUGAAAUUCUAUCCAUCAACGACGUCGCCGUGCAGGGUAUGAGCCACUGCGAAACGAUUGCGCUGUUCAAGAAUGUCAAGGAAGGACCGGUUGUGCUGAAGCUCGCCCGAAGAAGGUAUCACCGGGCUAAGUCAGUCGAUAAUCUACCGAACUGA